AUGUCCCAAUACAUGUACACCAGCUUCGCCCCCGUCCCUCCCAUCCUUUCUCGCAUCGAAUCGACCAGGCCAAAGACUGCGACUGCAACCCUGGCCCCAAACAACACCACCAAAAGCAAACAACAUACGGCGGUUGGUGCUCCUGCAGCUACGGAUACUGCUGCCACUCCAAGCCUGUCAACAACAUCAACAAACCCCCCCGCCGCCGCCGCCGCACCACCUACCCCCUCUUCUUCGCACUUCUUCUCAAAGGCCAACCCGGCAGAUUCUUCACGUCUCCCGUCGCGCCAACCAUCAAACAACCCUCACUUUGGUCAGAACCAUCCCUCCACCCGUCUCCAGCACAUCCGCACGUCGUCGUCGUCCUCGGCGUCCCGCUCCUCGCACGAGACCUCGAUCACACCCACCUCGACAACCCUCUCGACUGCGUCGCCAACCGACCCGCGCGAUCCCGCUUUGCCAGCGUCACCAAAGAAGAAGCACAAGCAUCACCACUCGCUACAAGAGACACGUGUUGGUGCCGACCGCACUCUCCGCAUCCGGGCGCCGGCGCGCCUCCGCAAGGAAAGCGGCAGCUUGAGCUCGUACGCGAGACACGCGCUCCAAUCGCCUGCGACACCCCACAUCGGCCUCACUCCGAAUGAGCUGAAACAUGUCGCCAUGCUUGCCGACACGGAUACAUCGUGCCGUCACCUCACUGCCGGCAAGGCCGGUUCAGUCCCCUUCUCCCGAACCGACAGUCUGUCGUCUGCGGCUCCCUCAACGGCCUCCAUGUCGACCCGCACAAUGACGUCCUCCGACCCCACGACGAACUCCUUCGACGUCUCCCGGCCGUACUGCCUGCGCAAUGGCCGCACAUAUCUGUCCGAUCCGUCAUUGGCAUACCCAUUGCCGGUUGACCUGAGCGAGAUCCAUCGCCAGUCACUGCGCACACUUCUGCUGAUCCAGCUGUUUGGAUCGCCAAUUUGCUCCCCCUCCUUUGCCAGCAACCCGCCUGGCCGUGUUCUCGAGGUCGCCUGCGGCUCUGGGUUCUGGAGCCAGUCAUGUCAUCGGUAUUUCGCACAACGCGGUCACUCGGAUAUUCACUUCACUGGCAUGGACAUUGGACCGAUGGGGCAGAACGCUGGGGAUGUGUCUCGCGACAUGAAAUGGCGAUUCAUGCAGCACGACCUUCGCAACUUCCCAUGGCCAUUUGCCGACGGCGAGUUCGACCUGGUGAUGGUCAAGGAUUUGAGUUUGGUUGUGACAUCGCCGCAUGCACUGCAAAACGCCAUUGAAGAAUACCAUCGCGUUCUGCGCCCCGGCGGCACGGUGGAAUUUUGGGACAGCGACCAUCAAAUCCGUAUGCUGCGGCCCCACGCCGCACCACAGUCCGGUAACACUGAAGACACCGCCACCGUCGCCUCGCUUGGCGCGUAUCCCAUCUCGGCCAAGACCCCACUAAGCGCACCGCUGAACAAUUUUCUUGUCGAGUACAAUAGCUGGGUCCACCGUGCCCUUGAGUCCCGCAACCUGAGUCCCGUUCCGUGCACCCUCAUAGGCCCCAUGCUCAUCCAGGAGUCCGAGGAGUUGACCGAUAUACAAAGCAAGCGACUGGCGAUCCCACUAUCCGAAGUUCGCUGGGAGCGUGAGGGUGUCGGCGGUGUCGUGACCAAGGAUGGCAAGUCGUUCAUCAACUCGGGCAAGGGCAAAGGCAAAGACAAACCGGACGAGCAGAAGAAGACGUUAACCGAGGCACAGGCGGCGCUCCGCCGCACGGCCUUGAUGACCGUCGUACAGCAGAUUCAAAGCCUGGAGCCGAUCUUGCGCGAGGUCAGCGGCAAGAGCCAGGACGAGUGGGAUGGCUGGAUGGGCAAGAUGAUGAACGACCUCAUGAGGGAGAACGGGACGAGUUGGGGCGAGUGUUUGGAAGUCGGCGCCUGGUGGGCACGCAAGAAGGAGCGAUGA